AUGCUUGCAACAACAGCUUGUGGACGACACGCUGUCUUCGUCCUGCUUGUUAUUCUCGUGCAGCAAUGUUGCUCCAUGGUUGUUCGCCAGAAUGCUGGAUGUGGAUUUCACCUUCAGACCAAUGGCUCUGUCCAGUUCCCCGUCGGCGAGCUGGCAAGUGGCCAGGCACGGGCUGGCAGCGACAUAAAGCCGACUCUCUUUACGUGGUUCGGUGAUGCCUUUGUCGAUCAGCAAGGACGAGGCUGCUGGUGGACACGCCAGAUGCCAGACCAUGACCACGAGAUCAACUGUGACGGUCAACUCUCCUUUCGCGGCCAGACCACAUUCUACGAGUGUGAGACGGGUGAAGGUGAUCAAGUCAACAUCUACACUGUCCCUAGCGGCGUCCGAUGCAAUUUCAUCACGCUGUUCGCCGACGACUGCCAUUCUGAUUGCAAUGAAGGCGGUCAGGCGCCCGCGCCGUUUCCCACCUAUCAGUCGCCUUCGAGCUCACUUCGCUCCACUCAAGGUCUUUCCACGCUGACUUCCACAACAAACGUGCAGUCGCCAUCUUCGACGUCAUCUGUACCGCUGGCAGACUCUCUCUCGGUCACAUCACAAGCUUCCAUGACAGGGGCCACUGCGAGCACUCGAUCCCCUUCCGCCUCUACAGCAUCAGACACUGGGACGAGCCCAACGGACAGGCCCCCAGCACCGACUGCGCAUUGUGCACUCAAUCUUGAAGGACUCUCCGAGUCGCCGCAUCUGAUGGUGCCGGUAGAUAGUGGCCACCCUGAUCAGUCGUAUGGCCCCAGCUACUACGGGCAGAUCUCGCAGAAUGCCUCCACGUUCUACAACUUCGACAUACCUGCUUCUGAUGCAGGCAAAACCUGUACGCUCUUUUUCGACUUCCCCUACGCCAGCUUCACAAGCACGGGUUACAUGUGGUCAGGAACCGGCAAAUUAUCGUUCGAACAGAUGAGAGGUCCUGCCAUAUCGAACACAACCUACAACUCUCGACCAGAUGUAUUCAUGGAGAUCGCCAACCUGGACAUUGAGCCUGGCGAGAAUUAUGUGGUCAACACAUUUCCGUGCCCAGCAGGGGAGCGGGUCACCUACCAGAUCCGUGAAGAUCAUGUAUCAUCGAAUGCUGGUGACAGCGACUCGCAGCACAGGCCUGAUACAUGCCUGUAUUAUCUCCAAGAGCACAAACCAGUGCCUAUGGGGCUGUUCAUAUCCAAGUGCUGA